AUGGCGUUCGUCUCGGACCUGCCGCAGAGCCUCCAGAAGAUCGUGAUGGCCUUCCAGAUGGUCCCAGACCCCAUGGCGCGCUACAAGCAGCUCCUGUUCUACGCAACCAAGCUGCCGGCGAUGCCCAAGGAGGACCACGUGCCGGCGAACAAGGUCGAGGGAUGCGUCUCGCAGGUGUGGGUCAAGCCGACGCUGCAGGAGGAUGGGACGAUCCAGUGGUCUGCGGACUCGGACUCGCAGCUCACCAAGGGGCUCGCGGCGCUCCUGUGCAACGGGCUCAGCGGCUGCACGCCCGACGAGAUCACGCGGAUCGAGCCCAGCUUCAUCGAGAUGCUCGGCCUCAACCAGAGCCUCACACCGUCGCGCAACAACGGGUUCCUGAACAUGUUCAAAUUGAUGCAAAAGAAAGCCCUCGGACUCCUCGUCGAGCAGCAGGGGGGGGACGGGAACGGGGCGGGCGCGGGGGGCGGGAAGGUGAUGGCGAUGUCUGUCGGGGACGGCCCCGUGCAGACGGCGAUCAGGGAGAAGCUGACGCAGGGUCUCGCGCCCGUCAGGCUGGACAUUGAGGACGACUCGGACCGGCACGCGGGUCACGCUCACGUGAUGAAGCUGGGCAGCGCGGGCGCGGGCGGGGAGACGCACUUCAACGUGUACGUCGUGUCCGAGGAGUUCGCGGGGCUGAACACGGUGAAGCGCCACCGCAUGGUGUACGGGCUGCUGAAGGAUGAGCUGGCGGGGCCCGUGCACGCGCUGUCGCUGGUGACCAAGACGCCCGACGAGGACGGCGCGUGA